AUGGCGGAGCAUUUAUUCUUUCCUGACGAGCCCCCAAAGCCCCUCUCGAUUUGCUACCACGGCCCACUCUACGAUGGAGGCGACUGGGACACAUACCCCACGCGGCAAGGUUGGGAGUCAGAACCAGGGACACAAAAGUUCCGUUCAGGCACCAUUCCGCAGGACUACCACGCCAUGAUCUCGUGCUGGCUCUACUUUGGCAUGCUUCAUUAUGUCUUCGGCGACGAACUAGAUCAGGCUGAUUUUCUCCUCACGGAGGGGGAAGGGGAAGGAAAGGACGGUCACCGGCAGUACCUUACAACAAAGCACCUGGAAAGAUAUAUUGGCAGAACCAAAGACUGGAAGAAGGAUUCGCGCGGCGUGCGAUCCGUCGAGAUCAUCAAGAAAGUCUGCGAGCAGCUUCCCAGAUAUUCGCCGUAUCUUAGCGCGCAAAUAUGCCUGGCUAUUCAAUUGGCAUGCCAUGCGCUUUGGCACGUCACGGUCAAGCGAGAUGGGCCCCAGAACCGACCAAGCUUUGUUCAGCAUUGGAUGUUUCUCAGAGCAGACCAUGUAGAGCAGAUGGUCAAGGAUGGAUGGUGCCCCCUUGAUGCCGAAAAGUGUCGCAAGGCUGGUGGUGAGGUGGACACGCCGGCGUACCUGCUUCAAUUGGUGCGUACCAAACCAGCGUGGAACAAGAGGAAUCACGAGCUCUGUAACAAGACAGAAUGCGUGGCGGAUAAUGUAGACGAGAGUCUCUAUGUUACUCGCCACGUGCAGGAGGAUUGCAGUUGCGAGCAUGUCCACGCCGAUAUCAAGGCAUUACAUGAGAUUCUCGAGGGCGGAGGGAUUCCUCUAGUUGAGAUCACGCCUCCGGAGGAGGACAGCAAGCACUACACGGUAAAGGUCGUGAAGAAACGGACUAGCAAGCCCUAUGUGGCCGUUUCCCAUGUAUGGGCAGAUGGACUAGGCAACCCGCAUAGCAAUUCGCUGCCGAAUUGUCAAUUAGGACUUCUCUACGAGCGCGCAAGGAUGCUCCUCACUGACAAGGAGUAUACCCCCCAAUAUCAAAGCGGACCGUUCGGGGCGAUGCAUACCAGUGCUGCGCGAUUCGCCCAUCGUGCGUUCAACUCAGCUAAGCGAGGGGACAACUCGGUCCUGGUAUGGAUUGAUACAUUCUGCAUACCGCAUGCACGUGAGGUGCGCAGUCUGGCGAUUCAACGAAUCCGCGAUGUUUAUGUCGGUGCGUAUCGGACUAUGCUUCUCGACUCGGAGAUUCGGCAGGUGGACUCGCGGUCUGCAAGCAAUCUAGAGCUCUGCCUUCGGGUCCUGUACUGCUCAGGCUGGAUCCGCCGACUAUGGACACUGCAAGAGGGCCUGGCCGCGAAAAGCAAGCUAUACGUCAUUCUCUCUGACAAGCCAGUCAACAUCUCUACAAUUGCCGACGAGCUUCUCACCAAGCUUGACCAGGGCAAGAUUCCCGUCUUCCAGGAGAGAAUUGCCCGGUUCGCCGCCGGCGUUUGGUACUCCUACUUCCAGCACACCAUCGACUAUGCGUCCAAGUUUGAGAAAUUCGUCGACGUCUUCACCAGCCCUUUUAUUGAUGCGAGCAUUUCGCAGGAUCAGUUGAUUGCUUGGAAUUGGUUCAAUGUUGCUACACGGGCUUCUAGUAGGGACGGCGAUCGUCCAAUCGUGCUAGCCGGUGUCCUCAACCUUGAUGUAGGGGAGAUCCUCAAGGUAAAAGAGUCUGACGAGCGCAUGCGGAAAUUGUACACUAUGCUAGACGAAUUUCCGAAGGACGUGCUGUUCCAGGAGGGGCCGCGGUUUGAAGAAGACGGCAUGCGUUGGGCCGUUAGGGUCUGUCGGUAUACAGAUGAGAUUCAGUACCUUGCUCACGGACCUGGGAAGAUCACGCCUCGAGGGCUCCAGAUUGCAGAAGUACCUUCGUGGACAUUCCCGUCCCCUAGGGCAUUUGACGUCCGUACCCUUGAUCACGACGAUGGGCAAUCAGCCUGGGAGGAGUGGCUUAAAGUGUCCCAGAUUGACCCAGACGUCCCAGCGACAGUGUUACUUUUAAAGACGAAGGAACCGGUCGACUUCCAUCUGCACGAUAUACAGGGGAUAAUUCUAGACGAAUCGAAAAAUUCUCGUCCUGGGCGACUACAUCAGUGUGCAUUAGUAUCAGUGCAGACAACAGAUGAUGGCCUCUAUUACGGGCGAUAUACCAGCGUGGGGACCAUCCAGUCCGUUAGCCUAGGCUUGGGCAACUUCCCGGAAGAGGGCUACUUUGUGGGCAGCACUUGGGAUGAUUUGCAGAAGCGCGACUGGGUUGUUGGUUAG